UUUUUUUUUCACGGACUUUCUAAUUAAUAAAGAUUAUCAAUGCCCUUUUUAAUUCUACCACUACUACUACUACUACUACGUAUAAUAGAUAAGAAUGUCUCAAUGGGAAACAAUUCGAGCUAAAUCUUCACACAUAUCUCCCGUUAAAUUAUCCAUGUCAAAAAGUCAUUUAAAUAAUAAUGAUGAAAGAUUAUUUGAAGCUGUCUCAAAGACAUCCAUUCAAACUACAUUAAAUAAUCAAUCGAAACCUAUUCAUAAAAAUAAUUCAUCGCUUCUGAAACGAGCCAUCAUUAAAUUGUUCUUAUUUAUAUUGUGUGGGUCUUUUAUCUUUUCAUUCUGGUAUUGCUACAGGGAAAAGGAAACGAGUACAUGUAAACAUAUUUAUCAAACAUACAACGAUCUAAAUCAAUUAACACAAUCAUGGAUUUCACACUCAAAAGAAAGAACAGAAGGAUGGUUAAAUGAUCCUCUUUAUCAACAUUCCGUUAAUCAAAUUCAAUCUGUUUAUCAUUGGCUUGAUACGACAAGUGUUAGAACCGCUAUGCAAGAAAUACAAACCUGGGUGCGAUCGUUUAUUUAUACAUCAGAUAACCAAGUUUACAUCAUUCAAGCUGCAAGAAACACGUAUACAAAUCAUAUUGUACCUUAUUGGUAUAAAAUCAAAGCCUUUAUCAGUAUUCAGUUGAGGCAAUGGCGUCAUGAUUUCGAUCAAUAUGUUGAAAGUGGAUCAAGCAAACGUGCUUUAAGAAUAGACGACAUGAGUCAGGAUCAAACAGUCGAAGAUCGUUUAAGAAAAACAGCCAAACGUAUUUUAGAUUAUAUUGAUCAAAUGAAUCAAGAUUCCAUUAAAACGGGGUUAAAACGGGAACAGGCAAGAGAAAAGGCAAAACAGAUGAUCAAAGGCAUCACGUUAGAGACACCAAAGCGUCCAUCCACGACAGAUCCCAUCAGUACAGAUGCAGCCGACCUUAUUGCGUUUGAAAUUCAAUCCAUCAUGGAUUUAGCAAGUCUGGAAAAGGAGCAACUCAAUAAGCAACUUGAUCUUAUCUGGGAACGAUUGCAGUUUCUUACUAAGGAUGACAAUGUUGAAUUCUUUGUUCAGGCUUUGAAAACAGAGGUAGAUCGUUUAAGAGCUUCAGCUGAAAAUAAUGUUCGUGAGAGAGCAAAGUUGGGAUUUGAAAAAUUACAAAAAAUGAAAGUCAAUCCGAUUGUCAAGGGACGUAUGAAGGAAAACAUUCAAACUGCUCAACGAGCAGCUCUUAAGGAUUUAAGAAAAAUGUAUGUUAAAUUAUACGAAACAAACAAAAAAAUUGAGCAAUUAUUAUGAAUAUAAAAUAAUAAUAAAAAAAAAAUCGUUUUUAUUGACGUUUUAUAUAAUAAUAAUAAA